AUGUAUGGUUAUCUUCCUCCUCACAUGGCAUUUCCCUCAACUGCAACAACAAUAGUGGCUACUGUUGAAACUUACAUGAAGGACAAAGAUGCAAUGUUGGAUAUUAUAAAACAAUCUCUCCAUAAAUCCCAAGAUAGAAUGGAAUUUUUUGUUGACAAAUCCAGAGUUGACAGGGUCUUUGCUGUUGGAAACAUGGUUUACUUGAAUCUUCAACCAUAUAGACAAGUUUCAGUCUCCUUAAGAAAAAAUUUUAAGUUGGCAGCCAAAUUCUAUGGUCCAUUCCUUGUGGUACAGAAAAUUGGUUCAGUGGCCUAUAAAUUACAGCUUCCAUCACAUGCCAGAAUUCAUCAUGUUUUCCAUGUGUCUCAGCUGAAAAUGCACAUUGGCAAGAAGCAUAUUCCAUCACCUACUCUGCCCAUUGUUGAUCAUGCUGGUGAAAUUAUCAUGAGGCCUGAGAAAGUCCUUCAAUCCAGAACCAUGUCGAUUGGCAAACAGCUUCAUCGCCAACUCCUCAUCCAAUGGACCAAUUCUUGCCCUGAAGAUGCUACUUGGGAAGACCUUACAUCCAUCAUAUCACACUAUCCAAAUUUUAUCCUUGGAGACAAGGAUAUUUUUCAGAAGAGGGAAAUGUCAUAG